AUGGAUCAUCGGCGCAAAAGGGAGCUGACGUUCGUCACAGUUGGAUUCAUUUUCCUUCUGAGUGGCGUGGAGUACGCUGUGAUCCUGCCCACCGUAUGGCGCUACCUGCAGACCCUGGGCGCCGCCCCCUACUUCCUGGGCCUCGGCCUAUCCGCGUUCAGCCUGAGCGGACUGCUCUCGGGCCCCGUCUUCGGCCACUGGUCCGACCGCACCCGCACCACCAAGAACAUAGUCCUCCUGGCCAACAUCUUUGAGAUUGUGGGUAACUUCAUGUACUUCAUGGGCUUCUCCAAGUGGCUCCUGCUGUCUAGCCGACUGGUGGCAGGCGUCGGCGCCGGAGCCGGAUCGUCCAUAUUCGGCUUCCUCGCGUGGAGCACGGCGCCGGAGGACCGCGCCACCGUCUUCGCGGCCGUCAUGGCGUGCAGGCAGGCCGGACUCCUCAUCGGUCCGGCGUUCAACGUCUUUCUGAGGCUCUGCGAUUUCCGGCUCGGGCCGUUUGUGGUGAACAAGUACACCUCUCCAGGGCUCUUCAUGUGCGCCAUGUGGGUCCUGCUGCAGAUACUGGUGGUCUUCAUGUACUGGGACGUCCCCCCGCCGGACCCGGGGUCCCAGGACAUGGACAUGGGGGAGGUGGGGGACGAGGUGAAACCGCUGGUGCCCGCCGCGGAGGCGCCCGACUCCUGUUACGGGACGGUCAACGAGCAGCCGGAGGUCCGGGUCACCCCCGACGAUGGCCGGGCCUCCCCGUCGGCACCCCCGUCGCCGCCCCCCUCUCCCCCGCCGGGAUGCGAGAAGUCGGACGCCUUCAGAGAUAGUAAAGAGUUGCUGAGGGAGGAAGUGGUGGUUCUCCUCACAGCCCAGUUCAUCACGCUCUUUAACCAGACUGCACUGGAGACCAUGGUUACACCCCUGACUCAGAGGUACUUUGGCUUCGGCGAGCUGGAGAACAGCGUGAUGUACUGUCUGUGCGGGGUCGAGGUCAUCGGCGGCUUCCUGCUGGUGCGCUGGCUGAGCCGCCGGGUGUCCGACCGCGUCGUCCUGGCCGCGGGCCUGCUCAUCUGCAGCAUCGCCUGCGCCUGGUGCCUCAUUUUCGUCGCCAGCCCCAAAGGUGCGUUCGCCUGGCAGCUGGGGCAGUUCAUCGUCGGCGUGUUCCUGCAGCUCCUAGGACUCCCCUUCGUCGCAGUUUCCCAGGUGUCCCUUUUCUCUAAAGUCACCUCGGAGAAGACGCAAGGGUUCAGCCAGGGUGUGAGGCGCUCAGUGGGGGGGCUGGCCACCAUCCUGGGCCCCCUUUGGGCGGGGGGGCUGACAGGGAACCUCUAUGUGAUGCUGGGCCUGAUGAUGGGGCUCCUCGCUAUGGUGUCUGUGAUGAUGGCGUUCUCCUACGACCGCCUGGUUGAACCCUGUGUCGUGCAGCAUGCGGACAGCUCGGAGGAGGACUAG